AUGACAUUCGGAGCGGUGUGCUCCCCGAGCUGUGCUCAUUACGUGAAUAAUCUGAAUGGCAAAAGAUUUAAAAAGCAGUAUCCAAGAGCUGUCGAAUGCAUCAAAUACGAAUAUUACGUCGACUCCAUGCUAGCGAGUGUUGAAACCGAACAAGAAGCAGUGAAGCUUGCUAAGGAAGUACGAUUCAUACAUUCUCAGGGAGGCUUCGAAAUUCGUAACUGGCUAUCCAACUCCAGUGCCGUCGUCGAAAACUUGCACGAGAAUAACACGAAGGAGAAGAACAUGAGUUUUUCCGCAGAGAUGGCCACAGAAAAGGUGCUUGGAAUGUGGUGGGAUACCACAACUGAUACGUUCACAUUCAAGUUGUCACCUAAGCACGAUGUGGAGCUACUCUCUGGUGCCAGAAUACCUACAAAACGUGAAGUUCUGAGGACGUUGAUGGCAAUAUAUGAUCCGAUGGGACUCAUCGCCAAUUUUCUCAUCUACUUAAAGAUCCUGCUGCAGGAAAUUUGGCGCUCCGGGUGCGGUUGGGACGACGAGAUCAGUGGCAAGCUAGUCGAGAAAUGGACCACAUGGAUCGAAGCGCUGCCGAAUGUUCGUCAAGUCAGCAUCCCUCGUUGCUACCGAGUUAUAACGUCCGCCGCGUCGACGAAUAGGGUAGAAUUGCACAUAUUCUGUGAUGCUAGCGAGAAUGGAAUAGCUGCCGUAUCAUACUUCAGGUUCGAAGAAGAGGGUACAGUAGAAUGUGCCCUUAUUGGAUCAAAAACACGUGUAGCUCCUUUGAAGUUUCUCUCGAUCCCUCGCCUUGAACUUCAGGCGGCUGUAAUUGGGGCUCGAUUUGCUGAUUGUAUAACCAAGUCGCACCGUAUUGAGAUUUCUCGCCGUGUAUUCUGGACCGACUCCCGUGACGUGAUAUGCUGGUUACGUUCAGAUCACCGACGCUUCAGCCAAUUCGUGGCUUUCAGGGUCAGCGAGCUUCUCGAUACAACGCAGGUGAAUGAGUGGAGAUGGCUUCCAACUAAAGCAAAUGUAGCGGACGAGGGGACGAAAUGGCAAAGGAUGCCGAACCUUCAGCCUAGCAGUCGUUGGUUCCAUGGACCGGACUUUCUGCGGCAGCCUGAGAAUGAAUGGCCUGGUUAUAGUGGAGAUCAAGGUGCAACCGUAGAGGAGCUUCGUUCAAAUAUUCUUCACCAUACAGUAACAAAACCACUGGUAAAUUUCGAACGCUUUUCAAAAUGGAAACGGUUACUUAGGUCGGUUGCGUAUGUUCAUCGCUUCGUAUCGAAUCUUCGUAAGCGCGCCAGGAAGACUUCCAUCGAGCUCGGCCCACUAACGCAGGAAGAGCUGAAGCUAGCAGAGAACAUUAUUUACCGGUCAGUUCAACAGCAGGCCUAUCCAGGUGAAAUCCAGGUGCUGCGCAACGGUUCAACAGAACACUCAUGGGAGCGCACAUUACCGAGAAACAGCCCGCUGCACAAACUUAAUCCGAUCAUCGAUGAGCACGGUGUCUUGCGAAUGCGAGGACGUAUAAAUGCCUGCGAUUGGGUUGAUGAAGCCACCAAAAACCCGAUCUUGCUUCCGAGGAAAAACUACGUGACUCAGUUGGUGAUCGCCGACUAUCACGCAACUUACAGACAUCAAAAUCACCAUACAGCGUUGAAUCAGAUCCGAUUAAAGUAUUACAUAUCCCGUCUCAGAUCAGAGUUUGAUCAAGUCCGUAGAAGAUGCCAACGAUGCAAGAUUUUUAAAGCAAAUCCACAGCCACCAGCAAUGGGAAACCUUCCGUCUGCCCGGUUGGCAGCCUUCCAGCGACCAUUCUCUUACACUGGAGUCGACUAUUUUGGGCCGAUCAAGAAGAGGACCGCCGCUGGAAUUCAUAAGCGACCGAGGUACGAACUUCAUAGGAGCUUCCGGGAGCUGCGCGAAGCCCUCAAGCAUGUCGACGAGGAGAAACUUAAGAUAGAGUUCGUCAGUCCUGUCACCAAGUGGACCUUCAAUCCACCAGCCGCCCCGCACUUUGGCGGCUGUUGGGAGCGUUUGAUCCAGUCUGUCAAGCGCACCAUGAAAGAUUUCGACCUUCCGCGUUUGCCAUCGGAUGAGAUUCUUCGCUCCAUACUGAUGGAGAUAGAGAUGAUUCUGAAUUCAAGACCGCUUACUGACAUACCAUUAGAUACCGACACUGAACCCCCUCUAACACCAAAUCACUUCCUGUUAGGGUCUGCUGAUGGGAAUAAGCCCCGAUCAUUUUCGAUGACAAACCUUCUGUACUAA